AAUCAAAAUAUUGUCAAAAGUCAAUAUUAAAAUGUAAAUAUUUAAUUGUCAAAAUGGCACGUCAGCAGCAAGAUGUUGAUGAGCUCUUUGAUGUGAAAAAUGCAUUUUAUGUUGGUAAUUAUCAACAAGCAAUAAAUGAAGCUCAAAAUGCAAACGCCUCCCACCCCCAAGUGGCUCUACAAAGAGACACAUUUAUGUACCGCUCUUAUAUAGCUCAAGGAAAUUAUCGAAUUGUGUUGCAAGAGUUAAAAACUGCUGAUCCACUUUUACAACCACUGAAGUCAUUGGUUGAUUAUUUAUCUCCAGGAGCUAAUAAACCUCAAAUUGUAGCAGAUAUUGAUGCUCGGGUUGCGAAGGGUACUGAACUGUCAAAUGAAAUAUUUUUGAUUGUUGCUGCAACUAUUUACUACCAUGAGGGCAACUAUGAAGCUGCUUUAAAAAUAUUGCAAGGAGCUGAACAAUUGGAACUGCGAACAUUUACACUGCAAUGCCUUUUGGCUAUGAACAGGCCUGACUUAGCUAAGAAGCAGUUGAAACUGUUGCAAGACAUUGAAGACGACGGCACAUUGACUCAACUGGCCCAGGCUUGGCUUAACCUAGCUCAGGGUGGUCCCGGAGUGCAAGAUGCCCACUACAGUAUAAUGGAAUUGUCAGAACGGCUGGGUUCGCUGGGAGCUGGCCCGGCUGCUGUAGGGGCUGCGGCGGCUGCCUCCAGAGGCAUGUGGGAAGAAGCUGAGCAGAUGUUGACAGAAGCCCAGGCCCGCGCGCCGCAGCAGCCGGAGCUGUUGUUGGGGCUCGCUGUCACCGCGGGACACGGCGGGAAACCACCAGAGGUGUCAUCCCGAUACCUGGCGCAACUGCUGGACACCCAUCCCGACCACCCGUUCACCAAGGAGUACCACGCUAAGAUGAACGAGCUGAACCGUCUGGCGGCGCAAUACCAGGCCAGCGUCGCUUCUUAACUCUAUUUAACUGAAAUAUAUUCCACUUGCAUAAUUAUAUCCUA